UGCCUCUGUGCCUGCUGACUUAUUUCUCCCCCUACCUCCCCUCCCUUCCCUUUCAUCCCUCAAUGCUACCAAUUCAAGUUACAACAGCUAAUCCUCUGGGGGUACAGUCUUAGCCCAGUUUCCCCACCUCUUUCCCCUCUGACCCUCCUCCAAUUAAUCUGACGGCGGUGUAAACCUUUGCGGUCUAUGAUUGUGCAACGUCCACGUUUUCCUCGCCCUCCCACCAGGCCCCCUCCCCUCCAAAUUCAGGGGAACUCCCGUUACCGCGGUGCCACCGGCAUUACUCAUUCAUCUCCAUUCAGGCUUCCCCCAGCAUUUAUUAAGGGCUCUGGGCUCCUGCCUUUCACUCUCACUCUCCUCUGCUCCAGCAACACCGCUCACUUGAGAGCUUCUCGCCUCGUCCCCUCGGGCCAGCUGUGGGAAGUGGCCGAAGAACGAACUUUGUGUCUCUUUCCAGCAAUGCAUCUCCCUGUGAUUCUGUUCUGCGCUCUCUGGUUUGCGGCGUUGGCGGAGACCUCGGAUGAUUAUGAACUCAUGUAUGUGAAUUUGGACAACGAAAUAGACAAUGGACUCCAUCCCACUGAGGACCCCACGCCGUGUGACUGCCGUCGGGAGCACACCGAGUGGGACAAGCUCUUCAUCAUGCUGGAGGACUCGCAGAUGAGAGAGGGCAUGCUGCUGCAGGCCACCGACGACGUCCUCCGCGGCGAGCUGCAGAGGCUGCGGGCGGAGCUGGGCCGCCUGGCCGGCAGCCUGGGGAGACCGUGCGCGCCGCCGGCCCCCGCGGAGGCCCGGCUGGACCGCGCGCUGGACGAGCUGCUGCAGGCGAGCCGCGACGCGAGCCGCCGGCUGGCGCGCUUGGAGAGCGCGGGGACGCCGCGCCCGGAGGAGGCGGGGCGCGCCCUGGGCGCCGUGCUCGAGGAGCUGCGGCGGACGCGAGCCGACCUCCAUGCUGUGCAGGGCUGGGCAGCCGGGCGCUGGCUGCCAGCAGGUUGUGAAACAGCAAUUUUAUUCCCAAUGCGUUCCAAGAAGAUUUUUGGAAGCGUGCAUCCAGUGACACCGAUGAAGCUUGAGUCCUUUAGUGCCUGCAUUUGGGUCAAAGCCACAGAUGUAUUAAACAAAACCAUCCUGUUUUCCUAUGGCACAAAGAGAAACCCAUAUGAGAUCCAGCUGUACCUCAGCUAUCAGUCCAUAGUGUUUGUGGUGGGUGGAGAGGAGAACACACUGAUUGCUAAUACUGUGAUUUCCCUGGGAAAGUGGACCCAUCUGUGCAGCACCUGGAAUUCUGAGAAAGGGCGCACAUCCUUGUGGGUAAACGGUGAGCUGAUGGCUACCACAGUCAAGAUGGCCACAGGUCACAUUGUGCCUGAGGGAGGAAUCCUGCAAAUUGGCCAAGAAAAGAACGGCUGCUGUGUGGGUGGUGGCUUUGAUGAAACACUGGCCUUUUCUGGAAGACUCACAGGCUUCAAUAUCUGGAACCGUGUUCUCAGCAAUGAAGAGAUAAGAGAGACCAGUGGAGCAGAGUCUUGUCACAUCCGGGGAAAUGUUGUUGGGUGGGGAGUCACAGAGAUUCAGCCACAUGGAGGUGCUCAGUAUGUCUUGUAAGUGUUGUGAAACUCUACUUGAAGCCAAAGAAAGAAACUCACAUUUUAAACAUAUGCCAGUUGGGAUGGUCUAAAAACCUCAGUGCAUAUUAAGAACACUUUAGACUAAUGAAGGGGAGAGUUGAGAUCAAUCUUUAUUUAUCUUGGCAAAAUACUGAAUAAACAGUUGAAGAGAAGACAUUGGAGAAUGCUUUUGGGGAUACUGUUACUAGAUUUUAUGCCAUGGUGCUUUGAGAUUAAUGCUGUGUCUUUGUCAGAUAAACUCUCAAAUAAUUAAAAGGACUGUAUUGUUGAAAAGAAGGACAAUUGUUUUACUUUUCUUUGGUUAAUUUUGUUUUGGCCAGAGAUAACUUUUAUAUCGGGAGAAAAAUAAAAUAACAUUUGCUGUCCAUUGUUCAUUGUUCUUGGUAUGUACCUUAUUAUUAAAAAAAAUGAUAAAAACAUAUUUAUACUACAAUGUGACUUAACAAAUGCAAAUGUAGUUUAUGUGUUAUAAUCAAAUGUCUCUUUUUUGAGAAGAUAGUUAUAUAAGUUAUAUUGUAAAAUGGUUUUGUAUUAAUUUUAUUAAGACUAUUUUUGUAAAACUCUACUGUAAAUAAAAUAUUUUA